CCUUUACCCACCAACCCCCGCCUUUGUACAGACUACAACUUGUAAAGAGGAGAGAGUCUAAAGACAAUUGCUUUGCUCGCUCACUCCAGCCAACCUCGUCGUCUCCCUCGUUCUGGUUCUUCUUUGUUGAUUGUUCGCUGUCUGUCUGUCUUGUCUUCGGAAUAUUAAUUCAGGAAAGACAAGCUUUGCGCAGCAAAUGCAAAUGUCAUUGCCUUGCGUAAAACAACCCGAUGUCAUCACCUGCAAAGCUGCGGUGGCAUGGGGAGCUGGAAAGCCUUUAGUGAUAGAGGAAGUGAAUGUGAAUCCACCUCAGGCAAUGGAGAUAAGGAUCAAAGUCGUCUGCACCUCUCUCUGUCGCAGUGACAUCACUGCCUGGGAGUCUCAGGCUAUUUUUCCUCGAAUAUUUGGCCAUGAAGCAACAGGGAUUGUCGAGAGUGUUGGGCAGGGAGUUACUGAGUUUACUGAAGGGGACCAUGUGCUAACAGUCUUCAUUGGAGAGUGCGGGAAAUGCAGGCAAUGCACAUCAGGUAAAAGCAACAUAUGUGAAGUACUGGGGCUGGAAAGGAGAGGUGUAAUGCACUGUGAUCAGAGGACACGCUUCUCCAUAAAUGGGAAGCCCAUUUAUCAUUAUUGUGCAGUUUCAAGUUUCAGUGAAUAUACGGUGGUGCACUCGGGAUGUGCUGUCAAAAUCAGCUCAGUUGUGCCUCUGGAAAAAGUAUGCCUUCUCAGUUGUGGAGUAGCUGCAGGCUUGGGUGCAGCUUGGAAUGUUGCUGAUAUAUCUAAUGGAUCCAGUGUGGUGAUAUUUGGUCUUGGGACCGUAGGCCUUUCUGUUGCACAGGGUGCUAAGCUUAGGGGAGCAUCUCAAAUAAUUGGUGUUGACACUAAUCCUGAAAAGGGUGAAAAUGCAAAAGCUUUUGGAAUUACAGCAUUUAUCAACCCUCAUGACAGCAAAGAUCCUAUUCAACAGGUUAUUAAGAAUCUGACAGGUGGAGGGGCCGAUUACUCAUUUGAAUGUAUAGGUGACACUGGAAUGGUAACUACUGCUUUGCAGGCAUGUUGCGAUGGAUGGGGGUUGACAGUUACACUUGGUGUGCCAAAAGUGAAGCCGGAGGUAACAGCUCAUUAUGGAAUAUUUCUUACUGGAAGAACGUUGAAGGGAUCUCUAUUUGGAGGAUGGAAACCUAAAUCUGAUCUACCUUCAUUAGUAGAUAUGUACACAAAAAAGGAAAUCCAAGUCGAUGAGUACAUAACACAUAACCUGCCAUUUGAAGAUGUCAACAAAGCUUUCAAUCUCAUGAGAGAAGGGAAGUGUUUGCGUUGUGUAAUCCACAUGGCAAAGUAAUUUCUCUUCUUCUGUCUUGCCUCGAUACACGUGAGAGAGUUAAUUGUACAAUAUUGUUCUGAUAAAAUAAAGUGAGUUUCAUCUGAAUUCUGAAAGUGGGUAUUUAUGGAGUAGGAUUAUCUGUGGGCAAUCUACUGGAAGCUCAAGCCUAUCUCACAUAACCCACCGUACUACUUGUUUGUUACUAUGUUAAAACUGUUCUUAAAGUACUUAUGGGCAUGUACACUAGCAUUCUAUGGGAUUUGGGAAGACAGUUUUAAUUCAA